UUACCCCUUUUAUUUCGUAUAAAUUAGUUCACAGUCAAUUUCGUGUAUUAGUACAUAUCCUGUUCUCUUCUUGAGAGAAACAAAUCUUCUUCAUCUUGAUGCUCAUUGAAACUGUUUGAUUGAAGUGAAAGAUGGUUGCUUUUGGGAAAAAGUUGAAGGACAGACAAGUUGAAGAAUGGAAAGGAUAUUAUAUCAAUUACAAGCUGAUGAAGAAAAAAGUUAAGCAGUAUGCUCGGCAGAUUGAGGCUGGAGGAAUUGAACGCAGACAUGUUCUUAAAGAUUUCUCCAGAAUGCUUGAUACCCAGAUUGAGAAGGUUGUUCUUUUCAUCUUGGAGCAACAAGGGUUGCUUGCAAGCAGGUUGGAUGAUCUAGGGAAACAGCAAGAUGCUUUGCAAGAGGAACCAGAUUUUGCAAAAAUAUCUGAGUUACGGGAGGCCUAUAGAGAAGUUGGAAGAGAUUUAUUGAAGCUUCUGUUUUUUGUUGAAAUUAAUGCCGUCGGGUUGAGGAAGAUUCUAAAGAAAUUUGACAAACGUUUCGGUUAUAGAUUUACUGAUUAUUAUGUCAAAACCCGGGCUAAUCACCCUUAUUCGCAACUUCAGCAAGUCUUUAAGCAUGUGGGAUUAGGGGCGGUGGUAGGAGCCAUUUCUCGUAAUCUUGCAGAACUUCAGGAUCGUGAAGGGAGCUACUUAUCAAUUUAUGAUCAACCCGCUCUUCCUAUCCAGGAACCAGUAAUUGACACCAUAAGAGCAGCAGUAGACAGAUUAAGUUACUCAACAAACUUUCUCACCUUUUUGGGUCAACAUGCUCUUAUUAUGCAAGAGGAAUUACCAAUACCUUUAGAGGAAUCCGUUGAUGAUCAGCGAUACCAUUUUAUGUCACUUCUCUUAAAUCUAGCAAACACGUUUCUGUAUAUGGUCAAUACUUAUAUCAUCGUCCCAACAGCAGAUGAUUACUCAAUGAGCCUAGGAGCUGCUGCAACGGUUUGUGGGAUCGUCAUUGGUGCAAUGGCUGUUGCCCAAAUUUUUUCAUCUGUGUAUUUCAGUGCCUGGUCUAACAAAUCUUAUUUCAGGCCGUUGGUCUUUAGCAGCAUAGUUCUUUUCAUUGGAAAUGCCAUGUAUGCAAUGGCUUACGAUUUUAACUCGAUUGCAGUGCUGUUACUUGGUCGCCUUUUUUGUGGUCUUGGUUCGGCCAGAGCAGUGAACAGAAGGUAUAUCAGCGAUUGUGUACCUUUAAAAAUCCGAAUGCAGGCUUCAGCAGGUUUUGUUAGUGCCAGUGCUCUCGGAAUGGCUUGUGGACCUGCACUUGCUGGGUUGCUACAAUUCAAGUUCAAGUUCUAUAGGCUGACCAUUGACCAAAACACAUCGCCUGGUUGGAUUAUGGCGUUUGCAUGGUUAAUUUACUUAGUUUGGCUGUGGAUUUCAUUUAGAGAACCCGUUCAUCCAACCGAGGAGGAGCAUGCACCAGAAUCUACUUCUGGUACAACCAAUGGCGAUGUUCUCGAGAAGGGUGUAACUCAACCACUCCUUAUAAGUACAAAGGCUCACGAAGAUGAAGAAGACGAUGAAUGUGAUGCUAGUGAAGAAACUACAGAAGAUUCACGUGCCCCUGUUAAUUCUUUUGGAGCAGCAUACAGAUUACUCACACCUUCCGUGAAGGUUCAGCUUUUGAUUUAUUUCAUGUUGAAAUAUGCAAUGGAGAUUUUGCUAUCAGAAUCAAGUGUUGUUUCUACAUAUUAUUUCAAUUGGACUACUGGAAAAGUUGCUAUUUUCCUUGCGUGCCUUGGUUUGACUGUCCUUCCGGUCAAUGUUGUUGUUGGAAGCUAUAUUAGUAACAUGUUUGAAGACAGACAAAUUUUACUCGUAUCUGAGAUUGUGGUGUGUCUGGGCAUUCUCAUGAGCUUUAAUGUCUUUAUUCCAUAUUCUGUCCCGCAAUAUGUCGUUUCAGGACUCAUCAUGUUUGUUUCGGCUGAAGUAUUAGAAGGUGUGAAUCUGUCACUUCUCUCGCGUGUGAUGUCCUCAAGGCUCUCUCGGGGUACAUUUAAUGGGGGAUUGCUAUCAACAGAAGCUGGAACAAUUGCUCGAGUGAUUGCUGAUGCUACUAUAACCUUGGCUGGUUAUUUGGGGGAGAGCAGGCUCUUGAAUGUGACUCUGCUGCCGUCCCUUGUGAUUUGCAUAGUGUCGAUUGUUGCGACUUGUUUCACCUACAAUUCUCUAUACUGAUAAUGAAGGUUGAUCAUGUGUUGGAUGUAUAAUAGGCGGAAAUUAUUUUUCAAGAUUUAUAUUCAUUUCCUGUACAUUCAUAUGGGACAUGUGUUCUUCAUUUCCUUUUCAUUGGGGCUAUUGGAUGUUGCAUUUUUGGAGAACUUUUUGUAGACUUGUUUUUCAGUUUUGAUUCUUGACGGUUUCCUGAAUAAUGUAUGUAUUUAUUGAUGUAUAUCUCGUAAUACUUAUAAAGAAAUUAUAAAUACAUAUUGCUGAGAAGAAAAACUUCAAACUC